CCACUCACAUAAAUGGUGAUGUACCUAUCAUUUUUGUCCAUUUUCAAACCAUUUCCAUGCCUAAAAUGUCCUCUUAAAUACACAAUCUUGACAUUUCAAAAACCACAAUGACAUAAAGGAAUCAACUUUCUUGCCCAACUUCACCUUAAGACAAUUUUCAGCAAAAAUUUCAAUAAUCUGUGACCAAAUUUCAAGAAAACAAAAUUCAAAUGACCAAGUUAACAUUUUUCACCUUCAUAGCACUGGCCACUGCAAUUUCCUUUGUUUUCUUGGAAACCCCACCAAAAUCCUACUAUCACUCUUUGUUCAUAUCUGAUUCUUUUUCUGAUAAUUCCUCUAUAGCAAAUCAUCUUUAUACCUUAACUAAGAGACCCCAUGUUGCUGGUUCUCAAGCUAAUCUUGAUGCAGCAAAUUAUGUUUUGUCAAUAUUUACUUCUUCUAACAUACCAACCCAUGUAACAUCCUAUGAUGUUGCCUUAACUUAUCCUGUCUCAAGGUCUUUAACCCUAACAACUUUAGAAAAAACAAUAAAGUUUGGUCUUUUUCAAGAAAUUUAUGAUGGUGAUCCAUAUGCAGAGGUGGCAAAUGAAGUAUUACCAACCUUCCAUGCUUAUGCUAGAUCAGGUACUGCGACUGGUCCUGUGGUAUAUGCAAACUAUGGGCACAUAGAGGACUACGCGACAUUGAGAGAAAUGGGAGUUAAUGUAUCUAAUACUGUUGUAUUGGCUAGAUAUGGGAAGAUAUACAGGGGAGACAUUGUACAUAAUGCUUAUGCUGCUGGUGCAAUAGGGGUGUUAAUUUUUACUGAUAAAAAGGACUAUGGUGGCGAAAAAUGGUUUCCAGACGCUAAGUGGAUGCCACCAAGUGGAGUUCAAGUUGGAUCAGUGUUUGAUGGAAUUGGUGAUCCUACAACACCAGGGUGGCCUAGUACUGGAGAAUGUGAGAGAUUAUCAGAUGAGGAAGUUGACGAGGGAGGAAAUGUACCAUUGAUACCUUCAUUGCCAAUUUCUUGGGCUGAUGGAGAUGCAAUCAUUAGGACUAUUGGUGGAAAAGUAGCAAGUGUGGAUUGGCAAGGAGGAAAAGAUAGCCACAUUUAUAGAGUUGGGCCAGGACCUGCAAUUGCAAACCUCUCUUAUGAAGGACAACAAGUCAUAAGCACAAUCCAAAAUGUUAUUGGAGUUAUAGAAGGAGAAGAAGAACCUGAUCGGUUUGUUAUACUAGGUAAUCAUCGCGAUGCGUGGACAUUUGGAGCUGUUGAUCCGAAUAGUGGCACAGCAUCCCUACUUGAGAUUGCACAAAGGCUCGAAAAGCUGCAAAAAAGAGGAUGGAGACCGCGAAGAACAAUCAUCUUAUGCAGCUGGGACGCUGAGGAGUAUGGCCUGAUAGGUUCUGCAGAGUGGGUUGAAGAAAAUAGGGAAAUACUAGCUGCAAGGGUCAUUGCCUACUUGAACGUUGAUUGUGCUGUUCAAGCAGGAGAUUUUCGAGCCUCUGCAACACCACAGCUUGAUGAACUAAUCAUACAAGCUGCUCAGCAGGUCCAAGACCCUGAUAACCCCUCACAAACUAUCUACCAAUCCUGGCUCGCCUCUGGCAAUGAUACAACAGUAAAGCUCGGGAGAUUAGGAGGAGCUGGAUCAGAUUACGCAGCAUUUGUUCAACACAUUGGCACUCCAGCACUAGACAUGUCUUUUGGGCAAAGUUACCCAGUCUACCACUCGAUGUACGAUGACUUCGUUUGGAUGAAGAAAUUUGGAGACCCGAUGUUUCAUAGGCAUGUAGCAGUGGCAAGCAUUUGGGGUUUAGUAGCUCUUCAACUUGCAGAUGAUGAAGUUUUGCCUUUUAAUUACCUAUCAUACGCGUAUGAGCUCCAGAAAAGUGCAGAAUGCUUGGAAGCUGAAAUAUCAGACAAGGGCAUUUCACUUGUUCCCUUGUAUGCUUCUAUUGAAAAACUCAGAAAAGCAGCCUCAAGAAUUAAGGAAGACAUAAAGGCACUCAAAGCAAAAAGAAAUCGUGUAUCAGUGAGAGAGUUGAACGACAGACUAAUAAUGACAGAACGAGCAUUCACAGACAGAGAUGGGCUUUCUUCAAGGACAUGGUACAAACAUUUGAUUUAUGCCCCAGCAAGACACGAUGAUUAUGGAUCUAACUCAUUCCCCGGUGUAUCUGAUGCUAUUGAGAGAGCCAAGAGCCUGAAUUCUUCAGACUCGUGGCAUUUUGUACAACAUGAAGUUUGGCGAGUUGCUCGAGCCAUCACACAAGCAUCACUAGUCCUCAGCGGUCAACUAACGUGAAUCUUUAUAUUAUCAUUCACCAUGUAUAGUUUCACAAUCUUGGUUUUAACAUAGUUUGUGCAAGAUCAUCCUGGAUUCUCUUCCUCAAGGACAAUGUCUUAUCAAUUGAUCCCUAUGGUCAAUAUUUUGUAUCUGUCAAUACAUAAAAAUUAAAUCAUAAAAUGUCUUAACA